UGCACGGCCUGGCCCAGGCGCGAUUUGGCGGACGGGUACCUGCAGGUUGACCUGAGCUGCAGAACGGCGGGUGUAACUGCAAGGGACCUGAAGGGCCUCACGCUGGAUGUCGGCCAGCUGAAGCUUCUGGCCUGUCACCAGUUGAAAAAGGCGAUUGUGAAAGUGGUCCUUAAGAGCUCUGCAGUGAAAAAGUCGAUUCCCAGAGCAGUCUUGCAGGAGACGAUCAGAGAGCUGCUAAGAAAUGUUUAUGUUUCACUUCAUUAUGUUGUUACUGUUGCCCCAAGUCUCGAAAAUCCCGUGGUGUGUAUUGAAAUGCUGUCUGUAGACCCUGUGACGGAUGAAGCUGGACUGAUAACGCCCCAAACAAGCAUAAAAAUUAAGGAGGUGGUCACUUUUGAAUGGUACAGACAUUUAUCAGAAGACACUGCAAGAACUUCAAUUGCAGGACUAGACGAUGUGGGAAAAUCUUUGAAAGAAAUGAUUGAUCUGCCUUUCCGCUUCCCAAAGACUUUCAAGAAGUUAGGGGCAGUAGCAAAAGAAGUGGGUGCAUAUCUGCUUUGCAUCAGUGGCCCAGCUCUCUAUGGUUCAAGGCCAGGAGAAACUGAAGAGAAUUUGCGAAGGGUCUUUGAAAAGGGAAGGGAAAUGUCACAUGAAGGCCCAACCAUUCUCUUCAUUGAUGAAGUUGACUCUUUAUGCGCAAAGCGAGGAAAUUCAAACAAUGCUCCUGAAGAUCGUAUUGUUGCUCAGUUGCUAACGCUACUGGAUGGUGUAGGUAGUGGGGGUAAGAUGGUCAUUAUGGCAGCAACAAACAGGCCUGAUGCCUUAGACCCUGCACUGAGAAGACCUGGCAGAUUUGACAGAGAGGUUAUUAUUGGGACACCAACACUUACACAAAGAAGAUCCAUCCUGCAGUUGCUUACAUCUAGUAUGCCAAUUUCUACAGACGUUGAUUUGGUUAAACUGGCAGAAAUGACAACUGGGUAUGUUGGAGCUGACCUUACAGCACUCUGCAGAGAAGCAGCCAUGCAGGCUGUGUUCCACAGCUCUUUGGAUUCAACUGAAAUGGUGAUUAGCAUGGCAGAUUUCCAAGAAGCUUUAAAAAAAAUUCAACCAUCCUCUUUUCGAAGUGCAGUUGGACUAACAGAGUGUAAACCUGUUACUUGGGAGCAAAUUGGUGGCCUUGAAGAUGUGAAAUUAAAGUUAAAACAGAGUAUUGAGUGGCCUAUGAAAUUUCCUCAGGCAUUUGCUAGGAUGGGCCUGUCUCAUCCAAAGGGUAUUCUUCUCUAUGGGCCAUCAGGGUGUGCCAAAACCACACUGGUGAAGGCUGUGGCCACAAGUUGUCACUGUUCCUUUCUCUCUGUAAGUGGCGCUGACCUUUUCUCACCUUACGUUGGUGAUUCAGAGAAGAUUUUGUCUCAGGUUUUUCGCCAAGCAAGAGCAAAUACCCCAGCAAUAAUAUUCCUAGAUGAGAUUGAUUCUAUCUUGGGAUCUCGGUCACACUGCAAAACUGGCCAUGGUGUCUCAGAGCGGGUUCUUUCUGUUCUUCUCAAUGAGUUGGAUGGUAUUGGGCUGAAAGUCACAGAAAGAAGAGGAAGCAAACUACAGCUUGAAGGUCAAUGUCAAGAACAAAAUUAUGAGGAAAGAAAGCUAGAGUUUCAGGAAACUUUGAACAAAGAUUUCAUGGUAGUUGCUGCAACAAAUAGACCGGAUAUGUUGGAUGAUGCUUUAUUGCGUCCCGGAAGGUUAGACAAGAUGAUCUAUGUUCCACCUCCAGAUCUGAAGGGAAGGCUUUCAAUUUUGAAAAUCUGCACAGAAAAAAUUCCAUUAGAGACUGAUGUGUCAUUACAAGAUGUGGCAGCCCUAACAGACCUCUUCUCUGGAGCUGAUAUUGAAAAUCUGUGCAAGGAGGCUACUUUGUUGGCAUUGCAAGAGAAUGGACUUGAAGCAACUGCUGUAAAACACGAGCAUUUUGUAAAAUCAUUGAGGACUGUAAAACCAUCCUUAAACAUAAAAGACUUGGAAUUUUAUGAAAAAUUUUAUAAUCAAGAAUUAGCCUCUUGAAUCAAAAAGGAGUGAUAUGGCAUAGGUAUUUUUAAAUAUAUUGCAAAGACUUUGCAAUGG